AUGGUUCUACGUAUAUUGAUGCGUUAUUUUGCAAAUAAUGAACAGCUAAUAAAUCGUAUGGCCGAAAGUUAUCCUAUGCGUAGAGCUGCACAAAUUGUUGUAUCUAUAAUGUAUCGUGCUAAACAUGUGGCCGAGGAUAAGGGUUUACAUGAAAUGACACCGGAACGUUUUAAAUCAUUUAUGAAUGUUUUUAAAAGUAAUAUUAAACAAGAAAUCGAGGGUGUUAAGGAGGAGUUAAAGAAAAAGAAAUUUUAGUUUAUAUUUUUGUAGUUUAGUGUUAUUUGCAAAGAGAAAUUAUGAAAUGUAAAGACUUUAGACAGAAAUAAUAAAUCUAUUUAUUUUAAGUAAAAUGAA